AUGAGCUGUAAUUAUGGCUUCGGCACCGAGGAAGAUUCUCUUGUAUCCCAGGCCCCAGGUACCCUUCAAAAUCUCGCGGCAGAAAAUGAAGCUGAAAAGGCGGCAAACUGUGCUAGAAUCCUGACGGAAACUUUCGGUCACACGGAGUACAAGGGGAAGCAAAAAGAAAUUGUCGAGGCUGCUACUUCUGGAUUGGAUGUCUUUGUAUUAGCGCCGACGGGAAUGGGCAAGAGCCUGUGCUUUCAGAUUCCAGCAGUUGCAGAUAUGUUCGGCAUCUCCAUCAUAGUUUCACCACUAUUGGCCCUGAUGAAAAACCAAGUAUCAAGUUUACGCCGCAAAGGACUCCCUGCCGUCUCUUGGACGUCGGACACACCGAAGGGUGAACGAGAUCAGAUUAUUGAAGACCUCGAAUCAGGGAGCCCACAAACUCGUCUUCUAUAUACCACACCUGAAAAGCUGUGCACGCGUGAAAUGAUGCGCCUUCUUGAAAUUGUUUAUGCGAAGGGCGAACUCAACAGACUGGUUGUGGACGAGGCUCACUGCAUCUCUGAGUGGGGCCACGACUUCCGUGAGGAAUAUCGCAAGUUGGGCUCUUUUCGGGAACGAUUUCAUGGAGUGCCCAUUAUGGCCCUCACAGCAACAGCAACCCCGAGUGUUCAAACAGACAUUAUACGCAGCCUCAAGAUGUCCGAAGAAAGACUGUUUACCGCUUCGCACCCCUUUAAUCGCGCCAACUUAUUCUAUGACAUCAAAUACACUGCAGCGCUCGACUCCCUGUCUCGUAUGUCAGCCGUAUACGAUUUUGUAAUGACCCUACACCGUCGUCGGGCCCGACCAAGCUCUGGGAUCAUCUACUGUCGUGCCCGCCUGGCGUGUGAUGAAUUAUCGGCCUUUCUAAGGGGAAAGGGUAUCAGUGCCAGGCCAUAUCAUCGCGGGAUUAGCUCUCAUAUGCUGGAUAAGACGUUGAGCGAAUGGGAAGCAGGUGGAAAUGGUGAUGGUGGUGUUGAUGUGGUCUGUGCAACCAUCGCUUUUGGAAUGGGGAUCGAUAAAAGCGAUGUUCGGUCAGCUCUCUCUUCUCCAGAAGCUUCGAAGCCCAUAUUAUACUCAGGGUAUUAUCAAGAGACAGGACGAGCGGGUCGCGAUGGCUACCCAUCUAAAUGUGUGCUCUAUUACUCUCGUGAAGACGCUUUUCGCCUCCGCAAGUUGGUGUCUGAUAGCCAUGCCAAGAGACAACAAGCUGCAAGCACCAUGUACGGUCCUCAACCCAGUCAAAGAUCCAUCGAUAGUUUCAGUGCAUUGAUUGACUACACAGAAAAUGUAACUAUGUGUCGACACGUGUCCAUCUGCAAGUAUUUUGGUGAAACAAUUGAUACGAGUGACAAGGAGGUCGUCAAGAGCUACUGUAAUAAUAUGUGUGAUAGCGUACCUCAGGUGUGCAAAUACCCUGAUAAGGCCUUGCGCAGAAAACAGAAUCUCUCUUCAGAGGACCGCGUUGCCGUACUGUCGAACUCACGUUCCUUCAAUACGGAUGUAUUCGAAGAUGACGUUGAGAGUUCAUGUCCGGUGCCUCAAAAGGCUCCUCCUGGUCAGCCCAAUCCUGGACAAGCGGGAAGUGGCGGGUUGAAAAGGCCCAACACCUGUCCUGCAGGUCCGUCCACGAAGAAGGCAAAGCUAGAGGUACUGCCACCUGCAUUAAUCACGAAGCCUUAUAGUUCUGUCGGUACCCUAAGGCAGCCAUUCAAAAUACCAUUUAAGGUGCCGUUCAAACAACCUUCACAAGAAGCGCGUGUUAUCGAGUCUUUGGGUGCUCAGCAAACCACUCAGAAACGUCAAGAACAAAACUACGACAAUGACGAAAUUGAGGUCGUCAAGGUUUGCUUCAAUUCUGCUUGGCAAGAUCCGCGAGACGAGUUGCUGCAAGAUAAUGUCCUGGAAGGGGAACCUAUGGACUUUAGUCAAGGUGGCGGCGAUGUAUCCCUCGACGAUGAACCUCAAAUACACCUACCCGAGAUUGACAUUGAACUGGAAACGAUGUUCUCCAAGAAAAUACCUGAACCAGCAAGGAGAGAAGUCUUUCACACUAUUAGACAAGCUUUAUACAGAGUUCUCCGCUGGGAUGAUGGCGAUGAAGGGUUGUGGGCCAAUUUGAGCAAUGCUCCAUCCAAUGCUGAAGCAAGACAUCUACUCCUGGCAGAAGCCGCUAAAGAGAUAGAGUACUCUGUGCACACGAUGUCUGCCACUGAGUCUGGUUACAACCAAAGAGCAGAGGCAAAGCUGCGUGUGGUCAAGCUCAUGGAGCACAGGGAAAGUCUUUGGCCGAUCGAUGCAGCUCAUUACGAUGAGGAUGAAGAGGAGGCGAUCGGGAUGAUAGGAUUAUUGAGGAAGGUUUGCAGUCGCUGGAGAAACACUGGUAAAAGAAAAGGCCCUUGA